AUGCGCACUUCAAGACUAUCAGUCUCCCGUGAACGCGAUGGAACGACCCUCACUCCUCAGAGAAAACACCGUAAAUUACUCAAGGAUGGCUCCAGUGAAGUCUGGCCAGAAGAGAUUGAGAGAAUAUUCGUUCAAGGUCUUCGAGAAUACUGGGAAUCACCUUGGGCAACUUACUCUCGUGGCAGAAGUCGUUGGAGAAACCAGUUCUUGGUCGAGUACCUGCAGCGCGCUGGAAUAGACCGUUCCAAGAAGCAAGUCGCAAGCCACAUACAGGUACUUCGUAAUAUGUGGAAAGGCGAACAUGAAUACCACUUGGUGGCUGGUGGUGAGGAAUUACUCCUGGAUACCGGUCUCCCUACGUCGGUCAAAGCAGAGGAGUCACCCGACUCCCAUAUGAUGGCAUCCAUGUUCCUCGAUGAUCACUCCCCAGCAUCAGACCGUCCCGGUCGUCCGGUGUCUCGUACGUCCCGCCAUAAUCUCCCUCGUGCAAGUCCCGCCAUAAUGGGUUCAAAGACCGAACCCAUAAUGCCGCCAUAUCCGAAUCCCCGGAUACCAACGGCCGACGACGGAUGCCGUCGCGUACGGUCAAUGUCCACUUCUGCUAGCGCUGACCAACGGCGACUUUCGCCAUUGGCAUCUUCCCUCUCCCCUGAUAUAUCGGUCCGGCCAACAGCAUCGCAAUCGUGCCCACAUGUACCACGUACUGCCACACGUGCGGACUUCGACUUUAACCGUGGCUAUGAACGGCAAAAUCAAUCCGUGCUCACCGCUGACCAAAUGUCGCCGGACCUCCUUCUUUCGAAUUCUCCCCGGGUUCAGAACUCAUCAACGCUGUUCUCAUGCACACUUCGUCCUUCAUUAUUGACAGGAUUGUCGCUUUGGGCAGAGGGAAUGCAUCCCGCCACGGUGUCGGUGGAUGCUCUUUCCUCGCAAACACAGCCAACGGACUUGAACGCUUCGGUUGUGGCACUACGUGUCAAGCUCCGCCUCCCUCCAAUAGAGGCUCCAUACUCCCCGGCCCUCCACGGCUUUCAAGGAUCAAUUACAUGCGACGCUCCACGUACCUCCAGUAUUAGGUGCUCCACAGCUGUUUUCGUCCGAAACCAGUGUGUCUCUCGGGAAAGCAGUUAUUGUUCCGUAAUAGCUGCGGAUGCUACCGGACCUGAAAUACUGGAUCACAUCACCCUACUCUUGCCCGAUUCCCAGCUCAGUCGAAGUCGGUGGAUAGAUCCUGGUGAGUACUUGCGUUCAGACACGCUGCCUCGUGUUAACAACGCGACAACAGAUAUGCAAACAUGCAUCAUACAGAAAAUUGUGGUUGAUGAACAAGUCAUAGCAGCCAUUUACUACGAUCUCGACAGAAGGCAGUGUGAAAAUUUGCCGUCUGUGGAGCUCAUUGGAUUCCAAAAAUACACCGGCCACGCGGACACCACUCUAGUGCCAAAUACCAGUGGCGCCUUCGUACCAAACUACACUUAUGCACCUGGACACAGCAUACCUCGUACCAUCCAUGCCACUCCAACGUCUUUGUCUCAUGCACUCAUUCCUCCUAGCACGGAUUCUUCCCGAGCUAUUCCUUUUCAUGAAUCGCCUUACAUGAUGCCUUCAUGA